UAUAUAUAUAAUCAAAUGAGUUAUUUAUUUACUAGUUGAAAUCAACUUUUUUCAAGUAUAAUCAUCGACCGAGAGGCAGAUCUUUUCAUUGCCUUAUCGUCAUCGUCGUAAUAUAUUUGAAUUUGAUAGAUAACAAGUAGCUAUGUCCAAUGAGGAGCGGCUUCGAAAGCUAUUAUCUGAUUUAGGAAAAGCAACUUUACGUGGUGUUAGAAAGUGCCCAAAAUGUGGAACUUAUAAUGGAUCUCGCGGAUUGUGUUGUAAAAAUAAAUAUUGUGAUGCGGUAUUUAAAGAACCAGGAGAGAAACGAAAAUUAUCCACAGAAGCUUGUAAACUAAUAACUGGUUCGUCUGCGCAAGUGUUCUCUGUUCGAGUGAGAGACAAAGGUCCGGAUUAUCGAGGUUUUGUACAAUUGCCUUUAAUAAAUGCAACAAUUUCUAAUGGAAUUACAACAUUAAUUUCACAAACAACUGCUUUAUGUUUUGUGGAUUCUUGCGAGAGGAAUUUUGAUACCAGUGUUCUUAAAUGUCACGAGAAAGAUACGUCCGAUUUGUCCGUAUCGUGUCAACAUAUUCAGGCUGCAUUAAGAUGUUACGCAGAAGCUCAACCGCUGACUCUAAGAAAUUCUAUUUUGUCAUCUUUAAACGUAAAUAAUGAAAUAAAACAAGAAAUUUGGUUAUUAGCAACAGAAACUUCAGGUCCAUUGGUACAAAGAGUUUCUAAACAUAUAAUGGCUGUAAAAUGUAAAGCUUCGCCGAAAUAUCCUUUAGGAUAUCUUCAUUUUUCUUUUUUCAUUACCAAAUUGAAAGAUAGAGUAGAACAUCGUCAUUUCUGCAGUUGUGCUGUAUUUAAGGGUAUGGCAAGAUCGAUUGAAGAUAAAUUAGAAACAAUGUAUUUGUUGCGAGCAAAGCGCUGUGUACAUUUUUAUGCGUGUAUAUGUGCCUUUGCUAGUGAUCCUAAAUUGUCAGAAGAAUUUAGUUAUUAUAUAAACUUAGAUCACCAUGAUUUCAGUAUACCAAAGCCACCAGUAUCAAUUUUACAAAAUAACGAACAAGAUAAAAUUGUUGGAAUAGAUCUAGAUACUUUAAACACAGAUGAUGCACAUCUGUUGAUUUUUCGUGAUGACACUUUAACUGUGCAAAGUUUAGAUGGAAAUAGACUUGACUUAGAUUCAAUGAACCUGGAUUCAACAAUCUUACCUAAUAGCAUUGUUGAAAAUAUUGAAGUGGAAUGUGAUCGUAAUUUGUUAGAAGAUAAUAAUAUCAUUUCUCAGGUUCAUAAUUUGGAAGUUAUUGAUCAGAAUGGUGUACCAUUUAAUGGAAAUACAAUGAAAAUAUUGGAUGAACAAACUGAGAUCGAUACAAAGUACAAUGUAUUAAAUAGUCAAUAUAUUUUAAAUGAUAAUAAUAUAAAAAUAUUAAAUACUGGAACUUUAAAAGUCAUUGAUACAAAUACAGUAUUAGAUGUAAACAAUAUAAAAUUAAUAGAUACUAAUGCAGUAAUAAAUGGUAGUGAGAUUAAGAUGAUAGAAAAGAAUGGUUUAAUUCAAUAUGAUAAUGGAAGUAUGUCUAAUUCUGAAACUGGGACUACGCAACCUACCGUUUCCAUAAAGAGAAAAAGAGAUGACAAAAACAUGAAUAAAUUAAAUGCUACAGGUCUAAAUAAUUUAAGUUCCAUUGAACCCAGAAAAUCAAAGGCUAAACCGACUAUUAUAAAGAGAUAUCAAAAUUCAUACGAAGAUUUGGACGAAGCUAACACAAGCCUACCCUUUAUAAAAUGGUUAGCAUCGAUUACAGAGAGAAUAAAUCAAACAAUGCAUUUUCAGUUUGAUGGGAAACCUGACCCUUUGGUAUUUCAUGUACCACAAAUAUUUUUCGAUUGUUUACGGGAGAGAAUAUCUUGUGGUGGUAAGAAAAAACGUUUACCUAAUUCAACAACAGCCUUCGUCAGAAAAGAUGGAGUACCAUUGGGCACCUUUACUAAAUAUACAUGGCAAAUUACAAAUAUAUUGCACGUGAAGAGUAUUUUUGAAACGCCUCUUAUACCUUUAGAAAUCACACGAAGUUUUAUACAAAAUGCAGAUGGAACAUACGAAUUGUAUAAACGAAAGGAAACUGAUAUCGAUCGGUAUAAAAAAACAAACAAUAGUGCAUUGAUCAAACCACUGGAAUUGAAAACUUAUCUGAAAGUUGGUAAUACUUCUCCUAAUCAAGUAGAGCCAACGCCGUUCUUAAUAGAAUGGAUACCGGAUAUUCUACCAAUAUCGAAAAUUGGCGAAUUGAGAAUUCGAUUCGAAUUUGGACACGUUAAAAAUGAACCUAGCCAAAGAUGGAGAAAAAUAGCAUUAUCGAAAAAUUAUUGAAUAAAAAAAAAGUUAAUGUCUAUAUAAGUUAAGUAUUUAUUUUAAAGUAUUGUAUCGUUAUUUCUUUAUUACUGCAAAAUUUUAAGUGUUU